GGCAGGGUCCAUGCCGAAGGUCGGAGCAGGACCUGGGGAGCUGCCGUCACCGCAUCGCGACAGCUUGAGCCGGUCUCGGCCGCCAGAUGCGGUCCUUGCUCUGGCGAAGGAGUGUUUCCAGCUGGGUGAUGUCGGUGCACCCAGCGCUCUCGCAGGUGAAGGACCCGCACCCUCAGGUCGGUUCAGAGCCUUGCAGCCGCUUGCUCCUCUGUCACCCUCGAAAGCAGCUGUUUUUUUCCCAGCAGGUGAUUUUUUUAAGUGGUUUUCAGCCCAUGGCACACCAGUGCAUCACCAGGCUGCAGCUUCCAGCGCAUCAGGGCUCUCCAGCCCCCAGCUCAGCAGUGAGUGACCCCAAGGGAAGGGCACCCAGCACAGCACCCGCACCCUCACCUCCCGCCUCCGCUCGCAUCACGCUGCCGGAUGGGACCGGGGCAUGGCCACACCGUGCCGGGUGCUGUUUUCCAUUUGAGUGCUGGAAGAGCAGCAGCGAGCCCGUGUCUGCCAGAGAUGAGCAUCCCUGUGGGUCAAGAGCAUCCUGGGGAGGCACCCACAGCCCGGUCGGGCAUCGGCGAGCCCAGGCUCUGCGGUGCAGCUUGACCUGCAGCUGGGUGCAGUGGAGCCAGACGCCUUCUGGAAGGAAAAUCAGCCUUUCCCCAUCAAACUGGCAGUGGAAGUUGUGCUGGGAACUGCCUCCCUGCAAUGCAGGCAUGGGGUUGGUAACACCCCCACUUGGUUUCUCACUUUCUCAGCCAAAGACAGGUAAACACAGCUCGUGGCAGGAUCCUUUUGCCAUCUGUCUCUUCUGGCUGUUGUUCCCCAGCUUAUCAAUCUUAUCUUCCUUUUAUCCUGCUGGAGAGGAUGUGGGUCAGCCACAAACAUGCUGGGGAGGUUGGGGUGCCGCCUGCCACGGAGCCGGGCUUCGGCACCAGCCGCCAGUACCCCUGCUUCGGUGCGAUCGCAUCCGCUCCUCUCCUGUGCUGGGCUGCAGCUCCGGGGCCGGGCAAGGCCACCCGCGUUCGGUGGGUGUCUGCAAAGUCCUUCGGGAUCCUGCUCCCUCCGCCUCAGCGACGCACGGGAACGUCCAAUAUUUGGGCUGAAAACCCACAUCAUGUUUGGGGUCGCAGCCUGUGGCUGUCAUGUUCCUGUUCCCAUCGCCCCGACAGCGCGGCGUGGGAGGGCAGGGGCAUGCACCGUGCCUGAAAUGCAUCCCGGAGCUGCCGCGUGCCAGAGCAGGCUAUUUUCUGGCAAGGUAUUUUGUGCAUUAUUUAACACUUGUAUUUCUUGACGGGUCGCUGCCUUCAGUUGAGACGAGCAGCCGUUUGCUGGAGGCGACUGCGCAGCCCUGCGACCGAGACCUCGGGCUGGGACGUGCCCCUGCUCCUGUCCCCACCGCAGGUUGCUCCCUCAUCCAGAAUUGCCUCCGAGUCCAGGUCCAAACUUGGCCACUCUUCUCUUUGUAUCCUUUUUUUCCCCCUUAAAUGUCCAUACGUGCAGAAAGCUACAUAACUAGGAACGCUUUUCUAAAGAAAACACUAAAAUCAUCAAGUCAGCAGUGCUUAAACUGCUCUGACUGCCUCUUAAAUAAUCAAUUCAUAUUUAAUUAGCUUACCACAAAAAUUCCAUUAAAUUUAAAUAAAUAGACAUGGCAGGAGUUCUCCGAGGCACAGCAGGCUCCGUUUAAAGAAUUCUCUUUGAGUUCGUUAGGUUGGUCUUUAAUCAGUUUGUCGUCAAAGUCCUUGUGUGGCCCAAGCAGGCUCCUGGGCUGCUAAUAAAGAGGUAUCGAAGCUACAAGGGUUUCCCGGACAGCCCCAGCCCGCGCCCAGCCAUCUGGCUGCCGUGCACAGCUUCAGCACCAGCACCGAUAUCUUCUGGCAGGUAGCGGAGAGCAGGUCAUUUUUGAAACACCUGCCCUAACCAGAAGAUCUUUUUUUCACUGAUUUCUCUGAGUUUUCCAUCCAGGCAAAGAGAGAAGCGAGCAAGGGCAAUGCCUUGUUUUCUGCCAGUUCAGUGAGCUGAACUGGCCGCCAAGAGCUGGGAGCUGGCUCUGCCCCCCUUGACAGCUCUGAAAUUUUGCUUUUUGGGGUCUUCUUUGCCUGCUUGUCCCCAUGCUUGCCCGCAGCUCAGCUCUGCUCUGCAGUGGGACCUGCCAUGUGCUGCCGGGGCUCCACAGACCAAUGAUUUUUCAGGGGCAUCAGGCAGUGACCUGCAGCUUCGCCUGCUCCAGAGUCACACGACCGGCUCCGAAAUCAGCAGCUGUUGGAUUUUGCUGGUGUGGAGGUAAACCAGGUUUGACUGAGGGAGGAACUGGGAAGUGCUGUGCAGCUCCCCGCACGCAGCUGCGGUUCUGGGGCGCUGGAGAAGGGAGGUUUCCCUGGCAGGAGCCAGGUACAGCGUACGGCUGGCACCCAGCCCUGCGGAGGCUGACGGGCAGCUGGCCAGCAGUCCCCCCUGCUCCACCGCUCCCACGUCCCACCUCUGCUCCCACGCAGCAGCCUGGGCCCCACCCGGGGACCCCCGGGAGCAGAACAGGGAAUCCCAGCUCCUGCCGGCAUGGGUGGGAUGCAGGGAGGGCAUUAAUGCACCAAGGACAGCUUGCACAAGCGAUGCUCCGAGCACACCUUGCACAUGCCACAUGCAAAGGUACCUCCUGAGCUCUUUCCCACGCUGGCGUUAUUCCCCUCGGGGCCGUGGGAUCAGCUUCCCACAGCGGCACGCCACCGCACUCGUGGGUACAUCGACCCUCGCGGCCGGCGUGGCACUGGUGGGGUGAGUGGUUGGCUGUGGGGUGGGGGCCAAGGUGGGCACGGGGGCUCAAGGUGCACGUCAGCUCCUCCGGAAACUUGCCUUUUCAGUGAUGUCUCAUCUUGAGUAUUGACCCAAUUUAGUUGACAAUAACAAGUUAGAUCACGAGGCAGGUUAAUGCGGGCAAGUCUAUUCCCAUCAGAUUAAAUAUUCCAACUGGAGCCCAGUGUGUUUGCCCCCAUAACGGCCCGCCGUUGGUGGUCCAUAGCCCCAGGGCAUGGGGGCAGCGCCCUGCUCUGACAGCCCAGCCCUGCAAAAGCCUCCUCUCAUUCUGGGUACACAUCUUUCUGUUUAUUUCUAAUUCAGUCUCUCCUGGGAUGGGGUUACUGGUGCCCUUCGUGGUACGUGGUUUUUCCUUCUCUCCCCCUGAAGCCUGGAGCACGGCCAAGCUCUGUUCACUGUUUCGUGGUAGGACCAA